CAGCCGCACGGAGGAGAGCAGAGUGGGACCGAAGCUGGUGGCGCCGAGGCUCCGAGGAGGCUGCGGGGCGCCCCACACCCCGGCGGUCAGGCGGUGGCAAAAAUGCCGGCCUCUGUUGCGCGGCCCCGCCCGCGCCCGGGGCCGUCCCCGGCCUCGCCCUUACCCCUGCUGCUGCUGCUGGAGGUGCUAAGCGGCCCGGUGUGUGGCCGCGUACCCCCUUCGGUGCCCAGGAUCUCGCUUCCUAUCUCCGAGGCUGACUCCUAUCUCACCCGGUUCACCAUCCCUCAGACAUACAAUUACUCCGUUCUCCUUGUGGAUCCUGCUUCCCACAUGCUUUAUGUUGGCGCCCGGGACACCGUCUUCGCGUUAUCCCUGCCCUUUUCAGGGGAGAGACCUCGCAGGAUUGACUGGAUGGUGCCUGAGGCCCACAGACAGAACUGUAGGAAGAAAGGCAAGAAGGAGGAAGAAUGUCACAAUUUUGUCCAGAUUCUCGCCAUUGCCAAUGCCUCUCACCUCCUCAUUUGUGGCACCUUCGCUUUUGAUCCGAAGUGCGGGGUUAUUGAUGUGUCCAGUUUCCAGCAGGUUGAAAGACCUGAGAGUGGCCGGGGGAAAUGUCCUUUUGAGCCAGCUCAGCGGUCAGCAGCUGUAAUGGCUGGGGGCAUCCUCUACGCUGCCACUGUGAAAAACUACCUGGGGACGGAGCCGAUUAUCUCCAGGGCUGUGGGUCGUGCUGAGGACUGGAUUCGGACAGAGAUCUUGCCAUCCUGGCUUAACGCCCCAGCCUUUGUUGCAGCAGUGGCCUUGAGCCCAGCCGAGUGGGGGGAUGAAGCCGGAGAUGAUGAAAUCUACUUCUUCUUUACGGAGAUUUCCCGAGCUUUUGAUUCAUACGAACACGUUAAGGUCCCCAGGGUGGCCCGUGUGUGUGCGGGGGACCUUGGGGGCCGGAAGACCCUCCAGCAGAGGUGGACAACCUUUCUGAAGGCUGACCUUCUGUGUCCAGGGCCUGAGCAUGGCCGGGCCUCCAGUGUCCUGCAGGACAUGGUCAUUCUUCGACCUGAGCAUGGAGCGGGGACGCCCAUCUUUUAUGGCAUCUUUUCCUCCCAGUGGGAAGGGGCUGCCAUCUCUGCUGUCUGUUCCUUCCGACCACAAGACAUUCGGACAGUGCUGAAUGGUCCCUUCAGAGAGCUUAAACAUGACUGCAACAGGGGACUGCCUGUCAUGGACAAUGAUGUACCCCAGCCCAGACCUGGAGAGUGCAUCACCAACAACAUGAAGCUCCAACAGUUUGGCUCGUCACUCUUCCUUCCUGACCGUGUGCUCACCUUCAUCCGGGACCACCCACUCAUGGACAAGCCAGUGUUUCCAGCUGAUGGCCACCCCCUGCUGGUCACUACAGAUACAACCUACCUCAGAGUCGUGGCCCACAGGGUGCCCAGCCUCUCAGGGAAGGAGUAUGAUGUGCUCUAUCUGGGGACAGAGGAUGGACACCUCCACCGAGCAGUGCAAAUUGGAGCCCAGCUCAGUGUUCUUGAGGAUCUGGCCUUAUUCCCAGAGCCACAGCCAGUUGAGAAUAUGAAAUUGUAUCAAAGCUGGCUCCUGGUUGGCUCCCGUACUGAGGUGACACAAGUGAACACAACCAACUGUGGCCGUCUACAGAGCUGCUCAGAGUGCAUUCUGGCCCGAGACCCUGUCUGUGCCUGGAGCGUUCGGCUAGCUGCGUGUGUGGCCCACACUGGAGAGCAUGAAGGGCUGGUUCAAGACAUAGAGUCAGCGGAUGUCUCUUCUUUGUGUCCUAAGGAGCCUGGAGAACACCCAGUGGUGUUUGAAGUUCCCGUGGCUACAGCUGCACAUGUGGUCUUACCAUGUUCCCCGAGCUCAGCCUGGGCAUCCUGUGUGUGGCACCAGCCCAGCGGAGUGACUGCACUCACCCCCCGGCGGGAUGGGCUAGAAGUGGUGAUAUCCCCAGGGGCCAUGGGUGCUUAUGCCUGCGAAUGUCAGGAAGGCGGGGCAGCUCGUGUGGUAGCUGCUUACAGCUUGGUAUGGGGCAGCCAGCGGGGCGCUCCAAGCCGGGCUCACCUAGUGGGGGCUGGACUGGCAGGCUUCUUCCUGGGAGUUUUUGCAGCAUCCCUGACUCUCCUUCUGAUUGGUCGGCGUCAGCAGCGACAACGACAGAGGGAACUUCUGGCUAGAGACAAGGUGGGCUUGGACCUGGGAGUCCUGCCAUCUGGGACCACAAGCUACAGCCAGGACCCUCCCUCUCCCUCUCCUGAAGAUGAGCGGCUGCCCCUGGCCCUGGCCAAGAGGGGCAGUGGCUUUGGUGGCUUCCCUCCACCCUUUCUGCUUGAUCCCUGCCCGAGCCCACCCCACAUUCGGUUAACUGGGGCUCCUCUAGCCACGUGUGAUGAAACAUCCAUCUAGGGCUGGGCAAAUAACCACGAGUGCAUGAGUGACCACUGGAUGGAAUGACCAUUGGGACGCUGGGGCUCGAUGGUCGUGGAAGAUCGUCGUGGCCUCUGAGUUUCCUUUGGCUUUUGAAUGAUCACUUCAAAUUCCCUGUCUGCCUUUUCUGGGCCUGGAUGGGCUCAGGGCCAGGGCUUUGCCUGAUUCCCAUAAGAGAUCAGAAUUGCUCUUGCAGUGAAUCAGGACUUUUCCUGCCCCUGCCCUCUCAACCCCUAUGACCCCUUCAGCCCACUAUCUUGGGCCCAUUAGUUUGGGGCUAGGCCCCAGGACAUCGCUGUGACUUUGCUUUCCGUUUGGGCCCUGGCCAGAAGGAGGAGCCGUGGAAGUUCUAGGGGGCUAAUGUGCACUGACUCCUUUUGCCGGUUCUCCCAGUUUAUCUGAUUCUCUGUGGAGAGUGCAUGAUUCCCAAACUGCAACAUGCAGUCUCUGCCCUGAGAUCUACCCCGUCCCAGUUUUCCUUCUUCCAUGAAAGAGCAUGUGUAAAUACACGGAUGUUCAUA